AUGUCGGACGCGGAAGAAACUUUGCGCAAUAUUUUGGACAAAGAGCUGGAUGAGCGCGGGUUAAAGCCCCGAGAUGUAACAGUCAAAGCUAUAUCCUCUGGUGGAGCCAAUUAUACCUCAAGUCUCUUCCUUGUAGACGUAAAAUCACCUAAGGAAGACUUGAAUUUAUUUGCCAAAGUUGCUAACUCCACUGGCGCGAUAAGAGAUUUGGCCGCAGGAUGGCUUUAUAAAACCGAACAACUGGUAUACACAAGAAUAGCAAAACUUUUUGAGGAUCUACAAGUUCAAACCCCAGAGGAGGAGAAAUUGAAGUUUCCUAAAUUCUAUUGGUGCAGUGAUGUAUCUGGAAAAGAAAGUGUGGUAAUGGAAAAUCUUUUAGCUUCCGGAUAUAAAACAUUUGAUAGAUUUAAAUCUCUGGAUUGGCAGCACGGAUCCGCUAGCGUCGAAUACCUUGCUAAAUUCCAUGCUUUUUCUUUUGCUUUGGCGAAAAACUCUCCCGAGGAGUUCGAAAAAUUAACACACAUGAAGUAUGAAAUAGGGAACCAGGAGUUUGACGAGGAAACAAUGGCAGCUCUUUGGAAAAAAGUUAUGAACAAUAUGCUUGAAGUUAUUAAAGAUGAGCAGAAGGAAAAGGUUUUAAAAUAUUUCGAGUCUAUGCCCACUAUGAAUACAUAUAGUAAACCUAUUGGGAAACCAGUUCUUUGUCAUGGAGAUUUCAGAUCUAGCAAUAUAAUGUUUAAAACAACGACUCUCACACAUAUAAAACAACUUCUUCGACAAAUUUAA